AUGUACACGCUGUACCCCCGCUUUGAUGCUCAACCCUCCGAUCCAGCGCUUUUGGGGGAGGCUGCAGGAAAUGAGUUACUGAAGGAAGUGACAGAUCUGACGUCGAAGGGACACCGCAUGGACGUUGGUGAAUAUAUUCCCUUUAGGCGUUCACUGCGGUUCAACACACCUCAAAGCCGCCGCCCGGCCCGGCGCAGACGAGGCCUGCAGGACACGGCACCCGAGUACGAAUCUGAGGGAAGCAGUGGCUUCUGUAGUGAUGUAUUGGCUACUUUUGCCAGCCAGUUGCGCUGCCUCUUCCCCUGCUGUGGUCCCAGGAGGGUGGAGGAUGAGAAGCUUUGGUUUGGUUUCGCCAUGACACGAGGAGUAAGAAAUAUAUACUUGCGUGUGGUGCGGCAGCACCCAAUCGUUUCCAUGAUUGUCUGGUCCGUCCUCUUCUUGUGCGAGACAACGAUGGUGGCCAUUUAUUUGUGGCAAGUGUCAGGUGUUGCAGAGGGCGCCACGUGGAAUUCUUUCACUGAGGAGGAAUUAGGCUUGUGCUUCUGCAUAAGCAGUGCCCUGUCCAUUUUACUACUAUCCCAACUGAUCUUUGCGUACUCCUUUACGCCUUUUACCAUCGUUGUGGUGCUCGUUACAACUAUCUAUCAGAUUGUCCUCCUUUUUAUGGCCUUGGUUUUCGGCCUGACUUGGGCGAGUCGGAUGUACGUUCCGAUGUUUCUGCGGUGUUGGCCCAUGCGGCAGUAUUUUCUCUUUCUGCUGGACUCCGUGGCCAUGUUGUCAUCCAGUAGUGAUAGGCUCGAUGUUGUUCGUUUGGCAGCACCAUCGCUUUCGUUGUUCUUAACCAUGGUAUUCACAACUGCGUGCAUCUUUCAAAUUCAGCAAAUUUUUUCCGGCACGAUGAUUGGCACAAUAGAUUCGCUGUACUUUGUCAUGGCGACCGUAUCAACGACUGGGUUCGGUGACGUUCUUCCGCAGGGCAACAUUGGCCGUAUGUUGACGAUUGGAAUUAUCUUUGUCUUUCUUGCGAAGAUGCCUUCGUGGAUUGUGGUUGUGGUAGGGAUGGUGAAGAUGCUGCGUGACUUUCCGAAGUACGGCGGUCCACCGCAUCACUUCAUCGUGUAUGGUCACGUGAGCCAGGAGGACGCUGUGUCCAUACUUGACGAGGUCUUCAAACUAUACCCAACGAGAUCUGUGUGCUUUUGCAAUGCAAGUUUUCCGCGGGAUGUUCUAUCAUUGGGUGGACACCCAAAUUAUAGGAUGCGCAGUACAUUUAUGGUAGUGAAGGUACUCAACAAGGCUUCGCUGCAUCGCAUGCGGGUGAGUGAGGCGGAUGCGGUUAUCAUUUCCCCAACUAGCGAUGGGACGGCGAAGGCGCGGGACGAUGACGUGUUUUUGUCCUCCGUUACGUUCCAGCGGCAUGCACCUUUUGUUCAGCAGUACCUGCAACUCCGAUUCGGUACCCACAUCAAACUGCUGGAGGAGCGCGAAACGAUGGUGGAUCAGAAUAUGAGGAGCAUUAUGGCGAGUGCUCUUAUUCUUCCCGGUAUUGUUCCAUUUUUGGUGAACCUUGUUCGUACUGCAUCGUCAGGUGGAAGCUCUCCGGCUUCUCUGUGGUCUGAGGAGGGAAUGGAUAACUGGAAGGACCUGUACGAAUACAGUCGGCGCGCUACAUUUCGCACAUUUACGGUUCCACCUUAUUUUGAGCGGCGGCCUCUGCGGGACGCAGUAUACCUGUUGAAGACCUUUAAUGUAUUAGUUGUUGGCGUGGAGGAAGGGAGGAAUAGGAUGAUGAUACUCGACCUUGAUUAUAAACUUGCGUUGAGUGACACUAUCCUUGUACUACAUGAAAGUGGUAGCGACAGUGUGGACCUGGCGCUAAGAGCGCUUGACCCAACAGAGGGCUCCCGUGGGAGCAUGACGGGGUGUGAUAGGAGUGAGCAAUGGGAGGCGCGGAUGGCUUCGCCCGCGGCUGAUGCAUCCGCACAAAGCGGCUCCCGUGGUGACGUGCCGGACGCUGAGGUGGAGGAGUUGGGCGCUGUUGGAAUCGACAGCGCGAGCCUCAUUUACCCGUUCAACCCAAGCUUUGAGGUGCCUACUGGUAGUAAUGAGGAGGUGCCAUGUCUCGGUACAGAGUGUGACAAUUCGCCUGGAAAGACUCCACCAGUGGCGAUGCAGGGACAUAAAGGGAAAGCAAAUGUGCCAUUGCCGAACAGUGUAGCUCUCUCCAAAGGUACCAUCACCAGCGUGUUGGAUAUGCAGGUCGAAAGACUGCGGAGGAGGCUGUUGGGAGAGGACUUCGUGGUUAAAUGUUUCGGUGAUGUUUCACUCUCACGCCUUCCUCUAGGCGGUUCGUUGGCGGUGCUGACGCAUUUGCUGAACUGGCGCCAGGCGGUUUGCACAAGGUCUGAGCCUGUGGAAUCUUCGGUUGAACGAAUAGAGCGGCAGAUCAAUGACAUACUGAGACAUGUAAGUAACGAGUACCAGUGCGGGAGGAGCGGGAAAGCCCCUGGGGAAAACUUUCUUUUUAUUGACCAUGUGUCCUCGUUCAAACAACCAUUGCUAGAGUCCAUGUAUGACCAUUACCUUAAUGACCAUGCUUCACGGUUUGAACUCGUACAAAUGAUGCGUUGCAUCCGGGGCAUUCACUCCCGCUCCCGCGUUACACUUCUCAGUUGGCAGAGUCUGAGCGAUUCUUUCCUCCGGCAGUGGGACUCUUCAUUUGAGUUUCCCCUACGACAUAUUCGGGGCUCGAGUACAAUGGAGUCUCACUUAAACUAUGCCAUCAAGGAAAGUGGAGGGGCGGCUAACCUGCGUGGUAUUCUCAUAUACUGCUCACAGCUUAGUCACUGGGACUUUAAGGACGUCCCGCUUGUUGCUGUGGAGAACAACAUACGCGCUAUCCUUGAUUGCCAUGCCACUUCGGAGAAGCAGCAACAGGGGGUGGGCGGUGGGUCGUCUCGCGGUGCAGAGGUGGAGCAGCAGGUUAUGGUGGAGCUAAAAUCCUUUAAGUCCUGCAUUUCAGUUACACCUCACCACGCGGACACGGAAUGGCGACAGCGUGGUGAGGUCCAUUUCCAGUACUCCCUGGCGUUCAUGAUGGGUCGUUGCUUCUCUGCCAACAUGCUGCAAACAAUUUUUAUCCACGCUCACCGGAAUCGUUGUAUUAUGAAAUUCCUUAACAACGUGUUGUGCCUGCAUCGGCAGGGAAGUGUGUUUGAUACAGGGGGGUGGAACAGCGGCGACAAGUCGGACACCACUCUUUUUAAGGUAUGUGGGAACCAGCUUUUGCAUUUUCAAACGUUCGGCGAUUUGUUUGUGUUCCUCCUGAAACACCGUUCGUGGGUGGCCAUCGGUGUUUUCCGCCGAUUCCCGACGUCUGAGGGGCUUCCAGGCGUUCCCCGCUAUUUCAUUACGAACCCCCCAAUGAAAAUGCCGUUAAGGGUUGAUGAUGUGGUGUACGCCCUUUCUGGAGUCACGGGAGCACAUAACAGAAUGGGUUGCUAA